AUGCACGAACUCAUGUUUGGGGGGAAAAAUCCUGCAUUGAGUUCUAAGCUCUUGCCUUUGAUUGGCUGGCUUUUCCAAAUGCCAAACCCCAUUGGUUUGAACACGGCUCUUGCUCAACUUGGAGUUGUCAGGCCAGUUUUCAGACUGCCAUUUGUACCUCUCCCUUUGGAGAAAAGGAAAGAGUUUGCCAAUUUGGUGAAGGAUAUUGGUCGACAACAUUUUGUUGGAACUCAAGACGUUCAGGUUCUUGAUGACAACGACUUUUUCUUGGUUAGUCGCUAUUAA